AUGCAAAUCGCGGUUCUUCCCAUAGGGAGGUUCAUGGCCGCGACGCUUCCCACCAAAGAGUACGGCUUUCUCGGGCAGCGCUUCACCUUGAACCCUGGACCCUUCAACAUGAAGGAGCAUGUCAUCAUCACCAUCUUUGCUAACUGUGGUGUGUCCUUUGGAGGGGGUGAUGCUUACUCCAUUGGCGCCAUUACUGUCAUGAAGGCUUAUUAUAAACAGAGUUUGAGCUUUCUCUGUGCCCUCUUUAUCGUCUUAUCUACUCAGAUGUUGGGGUAUGGAUGGGCUGGGAUUCUGAGGAGGUAUCUGGUUGAUCCUGUUGAAAUGUGGUGGCCUGCAAACCUUGCUCAAGUGUCCCUCUUUAGGGCACUCCAUGAAAAGGAGGAGAAAUCAAAAGGUUUUACAAGGAUGCAGUUUUUUCUCAUUGCCAUGGGUGCAAGCUUCUUGUACUAUGCACUUCCUGGUUAUCUGUUCACGGUCUUAACAUUCUUCUCAUGGGUAUGCUGGGCAUGGCCAAAUAACAUGACUGCACAGCAAGUUGGAUCAGGUUAUCAUGGACUUGGGAUUGGUGCCUUCACAAUUGAUUGGGCAGGGAUUUCAGCCUAUCAUGGCAGCCCCCUUGUUUCACCAUGGUCUUCCAUUGUUAAUGUGGGAGUUGGAUUUAUCAUGUUCAUCUACAUAAUCGUACCUGUGUGUUACUGGAAGUUCAACACUUUUGAUGCCCGAAAGUUUCCUAUAUUUUCUAACCAGUUGUUCACGUCCACUGGACAUAAAUAUGACACUACCAAGAUCUUAACCCGGGAGUAUGAUCUUAACAUUGAUGCCUACAACAAAUACGGCAAGUUAUACCUUAGUCCUCUCUUUGCAUUAUCAAUUGGAUCGGGUUUCGCGAGAUUUACGGCUACCCUCACUCAUGUAGCACUGUUUUAUGGCAGAGAUAUUUGGAGACAGAGUAGAUCCGCAUUGAGUAACGCCAAGUUGGAUGUCCAUGGUAGACUCAUGAAGGCUUAUAAGCAAGUACCUGAAUGGUGGUUCCUCCUUAUAUUGUUUGGGAGCAUGGCACUAUCCCUGAUAAUGGCCUUUGUGUGGAAAACGGAUGUGCAACUGCCAUGGUGGGGUAUGUUAUUUGCUUUUGGUUUGGCUUUUAUUGUAACCCUCCCAAUUGGUGUCAUUCAAGCAACUACCAACCAGCAACCUGGAUAUGACAUUAUAGCACAGUUCAUGAUUGGGUAUGUCCUUCCUGGAAAACCAAUUGCAAACUUGCUCUUCAAGAUUUAUGGGAGAAUCAGCACCGUCCAUGCUCUCUCUUUCUUGUCAGAUCUCAAACUUGGCCACUACAUGAAAAUUCCUCCGCGAUGCAUGUAUACCGCUCAGCUGGUGGGAACCCUUGUUGCCGGUGUAGUGAACCUUGCAGUGGCUUGGUGGAUGUUGGAUAGCAUCAAGGACAUAUGCAUGGAUGAUAAAGUUCACCAUGACAGUCCUUGGACAUGCCCCAAAUACAGAGUGACCUUUGAUGCAUCUGUUAUAUGGGGUCUGAUUGGACCAAAGAGGCUAUUUGGACCCGGUGGACUAUACAGGAACCUUGUGUGGUUAUUCCUGAUUGGAGCAGUGUUGCCAGUUCCUAUUUGGGUGUUGAGCAAAAUGUACCCUGACAAGAAAUGGAUACCACUGAUAAACAUACCAGUUAUAAGCUAUGGCUUUGCUGGAAUGCCACCAGCAACUCCUGCCAAUAUUGCAAGCUGGCUACUGACUGGAAUGAUCUUCAAUUACUUUGUGUUCCGCUACAACAAACGUUGGUGGCAGAAGUACAAUUAUGUAUUAUCUGCAGCACUGGAUGCAGGCACAGCUUUCAUGGGCGUUCUAAUAUUCUUUGCCCUGCAAAAUUCUGGCCAUAAUCUCAAAUGGUGGGGAAGUGAUUUGGACCAUUGCCCAUUAGCCACUUGCCCAACUGCACCUGGAAUUGAGGUUGAUGGGUGUCCAGUAUUCAAAUAG